AGAUGUGCGCGGUCUCGAGCUCACUGCAGACUCCACGCACGCACUGAUUCGCGCAGCAGUCCGCGCCCUCUUCACGCUCCGUGCAGAAACGCUCUCAUUGGUCAGGAUGUGCAGGACCCACCCACAUCUCCCGCGUGCUGUUUGGACGACGAGUGAGUUUCCCAGCUGUGAUUGGUCGAUGCCCCUCCAAAACUUUUAUUUUGGGGCAAGCCCCGUUUAUUGUGCACGGGCACGCGGAGAAAUGGAGUUGUAAACGAAGCUCGUGCACUUUUCAGCACCAAAAACUCGUGGACAGCAGCCAACGGAGGAGAAGGGGGUGACGCUGAGGGUUAGCUUAUUGUGAUAAACACAAGACCGAGCGGUUUGCGACGCCACACUGCCGCUGCGAUCGCGGGAAACCUUCACCGGUGGAACUGAGUCGGGGAGGAACGACACACAGCGGCACAGCCUGUGCUUUGUUCGCCCCGGCGGGCAGAUCGUGCCGCGAGCUGGAUAUUGCUUAGAGACACGUUUCAGCGGGCGAACACACCGUUAUUCUCGGUUCGCUCGUGUCGAAUUGUGCGCGGUCUGGAACUGCCCCCCGGGAAGACCGAAUGCCUGCAGAUGAGGGGAAACAAAGGUGAUAAAGACUGUUAUUCAUCAGUCCGCACGACGGUUGAGCCGGGGUCCUGUUUUUAGCCACAUAGCCUGCUCGUGCUGCUAGCCUCUCCAUUGUGUGAGCAGCUCUGCCGCCAGAUCCCCGAGUCACUCACUGCCGCUACACACCUGCUACAACUGUGUGUUCUCCGCCGGAUUUUUUUACUUUUUUUGAAUCCACGCAUCCAAAAUGUGCUCUCGGGUUUGGUUCGUGACCGACCGGCGGAUCAGCCAGGAGUAUCCGCAGGUCCAGAUCCUCCGGGCGCUGAAGGAGCGCUGCUCCGACGAGGAUGUUGAAUUCCGCUCGCUGCUCAUGGAUCAAAUCGUGCUAACGAUCAGCGAGGGACAGUUAGGUCUGCGAGUGGAGCAGGAACUGGUGACAUCUUAUCCACAGGUGGUGGUGGUGCGGGUGCCCACGCCCUGGGUGCAGUCAGAUAGUGACAUCACCGUGCUGCGCCACUUGGAGAAGAUGGGCUGUCGGCUGAUCAACCGUCCCCAGGCUAUACUCAACUGUGUCAACAAGUUCUGGACCUUUCAGGAGCUAGCCGGCCACGGAGUGCCUCUCCCCGACACCUUCUCUUACGGAGGGCAUGACAACUUCCGUAAGAUGAUCGACGAGGCAGAGCCGCUGGGCUACCCGGUGGUGGUGAAGAAUGCACGGGGCCACAGAGGCAAGGCUGUGUUCCUGGCCCGGGACAAACACCACCUGACAGACCUGUGCCACUUGAUCCGCCACGACACCCCCUACUUAUUUCAGGAGUAUGUCAAGGAGUCGCACGGUCGUGACGUCCGGGUGGUCCUGGUGGGCGGCCGUGUCAUCGGCUCGAUGCUACGCUGCUCCACGGACGGUCGCAUGCAGAGCAACUGCUCCCUUGGGGGUGUCGGUAUGAUGUGCCCACUGAGCGAGCAGGGGAAGCAGCUGGCCAUCGAAGUGUCCAACAUCCUCGGCAUGGAUGUGUGCGGCAUCGACCUGCUGCAGCUCAACGACGGCUCCUUUGUGGUCUGCGAAGCAAACGCGAACGUUGGCUUCAUCGCCUUCGACCAGGCCUGCGGCAUGGACGUGGCGGGCAUCGUCGCCGACUACGCCCUAUCGAUGCUCCCCAGCCGCCUUACUCGUAAAAUGUCCCUGCUGUCGGUCGUGUCGAGCACCAGCGAGACCAGCAGCGAGCCCGAGGUGUGCCCUGUGCCCACCGGCGGUGGCGGGUCGCUGCCUGAGGCCGUCUGCAACAUGAGCGUGGGUUCUACCUCCAGCGAGAGUGACCCCGAGCUGGCGGAGCCCUCCCAGUCCUCGCCCCGCCAGUCCACAGCCCCCGACCUCCCCGAUCCAGCCUACAACUUCAACACUCUUCUGGCCAAUGAGAUCAAAUUAUUGACUGAGUAAGAUCCAAGCAGCUUCAUGCACACACAAACACAACAAAUGCAUAUAAAAAAUACACACACACACACACACACACACACAUAUACACACACCUGUACGCAUGGCAACUGACAUUCCUUUUGUAAACACACAUCAAUCCAAAAACCCUUCAAACACCAUGUUUAAUGCAAAACAUGAGUGGUGAAAACGCAUACAAACCCAACCACAGAAAUACAAACACCAAAACAUGAGCCUUAUCCUACUAGCUCCCUUAAAAAAAAAAAAAAAGUAAAAAAAGAUCUGAGGCUGCUCCCCUGACUCCUCGCUUUCCAAAUGCAAACCACAAUCUUCAAACUUAGCGUACACUGCAGCACGGUGGCGGGAGUGGGAUAUAGUGCUUAGGUUUACUAGUUUCAAUUUAGAGAAAUACUGAGGGUGAAGGUGAUGUUUCUUGGGGUGGGUGUGGGAUUCCAAUAAAGGCAUACACCUGUCACAUUGUUUCCUUACUACACCGUAUUAUUUAAAGGAGAAUCUAUGGUAUGUUGGCAUAACAGAGGGGUUUCCUGCUGAGACUGUAGUACGCUUAGAUGGAUUGACGUCGAGAUGAAGUGUUUUAUUUCUUUAAGUCAUUAGCUCCUUGGGAGAGCAAUGCAUCCUCAUGCUGGGCACAUUAUCCUGACAGUUCUGAUGUAGCCGUGUAGUCCUCCUGUCGAGGACACAGAACAAGAGCGGCAGAAACUGAAGCUAGGCGAAUUGAACGUCAAUUUUACUGCUUUUCAUAACGAGAGUUAAAUUCACUACACCUGUCACAUGUUGUAAAUCCAACUACAACAGAAUGUAUACACAAUGUUUUAACUUUUCUACAACUAAACUCCAUAAAAUGCCAAUUUUUAAUCACUAAUAUUAAAAUGUAGCCCAAGCUGCUACAUUGACACUGAAUAAGAGGCUGACGUUACCUUUUUCACGGGUAAUUCAGAACAUUGUCAACCUUCUGUUCACUGUUAAUGAAGCAGGAUGUAAAUGUAAGCAAAACUGCGCUAACCGGUGUGAAGUAGUGGAAAUAACAAAUAGCAUUUCUGUCUGAGUCACAACCUGGAAUAUAAAAAAGAAUUGAGUGCAAAGUGCUUGAUUUUUUUACUUGAUAUUCCUAGCCUGUUUGAUAAGCCUUACCAGCAGCAGUUUGCUGCUUUUUAAAAAAGAUUAAAUGUCUAGCACUUUAUGAUGAACUGAUGUAUUUUUUUUCUCACUCAGCUAACAUAUUUAGGAAACACGAGACAGAGUGUGAAAGCUGCGUCCACACCUGUAAACAGAAUAUACCUCAGAACAGUGACUCCUCACUGCCACAGGACGACAUAGAUAUUCAAACAUACAGAACAUAUCAGCCGGGAUGCUUGUGGUUUUCAAAUGGCCCCUGAACCAGGUGUUCCUUCCUUUUAUGUCCAAGAGCUUAGAAGAUAGUUGUGUAUUAUUUUGUAUUGCUUUACAGCUUGUUUUGUAAAUAUUUAGAUAGGGAAUUAGCUUUGAUGCAUACUAGUAUACAGCUGAUGAAACUGGAACAGCUGACAUAACUGCCAACAAUGAAAUUUACAUAAGCUAUUGUGGACAAAGUUGUUUGUACAGACCUGCAAUCUUUAAAGGUUUAAAAUGAAUUUGGUGCUAACAUUUCUGAAUUUGAUUAGAUGUGUUUGCUCAGUCAUAUGAUUUUUUAGAUUUUCUUUUAGAUUUUUUUUUUUUGAUAACAAUGAAGUAUCCUAACCUUUUAGAAUAUGUUGGCAUAGUGUACAAAUAAUAUGGGAGUUAUAUUUUUGCAGCAUCUUUGAAUAGAAUGUUACUUUUUCCUUUUCUUAGUAAAGAAAUGGAAAAACAAAAUCCAGGGAUUUCAGCGGCCAAGAGCAUAUUGCUUACGGUUUUUGUGUUCUGUUGAUUUACCUCCUGUAGGCCUUCUGAAAUAACCAUUCAAAUAGAGGUAGGGUAUACUGGGCUAAGUGCCAUUCAUUAGGACAAAUGGGACAAAAGCACAAACAUUAGUUGUUCUCCGUAGUGACGUCCAUGUUUUUAGACUUCUAAUAACCCUUCCUGUUGAACAUAUCUCAGGGAAGCAGCCUGGAUCUCACCCCUGACCCCCGAAGGCACGACAUAAUCAUCCGAGCUAGAGACAUGUCAACAACAUUACACAUAGCUACAGGCAGACAAAAAGAUACAGAAACAACAACAAAUAAAAGGUUGUAAACUACAGUAUAAGACAAUGUGGUGUAUACCAUGGUUACCAUGCACCUUUUCCCCCCCUGCUUGUUUUAUAUUGUUCCUUGUUUUCUUCCUAAUUUAUGGUCUUUUUAAAGAAAAAGUGGUUUGUGUGCACUAAUGUCUCAAUAAAGUGAAACCGCUGUGAAGCUUAAUUAUAUUUUCCUCUUUUGUGGGCCGAAUUUACUAACUGCCUGGAUUCUAACCGGGGCCUGCUUGAGGGUGCCAAAUCUAAAACCGCCAGACAACAAGAAACGCAGCUUUCACUUUAAGUCUGCGGUCAAGUGAUCACAGUGGCUCCACUGAGAGAAUCACACCAUUAACACUACUGUGCUGAUGGUGCCCGCUAUCCAUAUAACAGUAUCUGACAAACAAACUGUGAAAUCCACUGAUGUCCACUGUCCUGACAUGCAAGGGGCCGGUGGGCUUGAUUAUCAACAAGACCCAUCCUAAAAUAAAAGCUUAUAUGAGUGAACUAUCUCCGAUUGUUGUCCCCUAUUUUUCAAGUCUUCAUCUUUUUAUUCAAGCCUGUUUCAUCCCACAUUGUGUAUGUCAGUGAAAAUGUAAGAUCACAUAUCCUUUGAAGACAUUACAAGCCAGCCAUAACAAAGAGUGAAUGUUUGUGUCUCUCUUACAGCCCUGUUGUUUAAAUCUGUAGUUUACACAUCAUCCAUAUCCACACAGAGCACAUUCAGCCUCUUCAGGUUCAUUUUACUGUGCCCCAACAACUCUUACAAUGCCUUUUUAUUGCCUGGCUUCCUCUGGGAGCUAUGAUUUGAGGAUCAGUCGGGUCAAGAUCCCAAUUCAGGUGGGUUUCUUUCUUCUGCUUUGUAUUCGUAGAUCAGUGGCCGAGAUACACGGCAUGGAACCUACUGAAAGAAACGGGCACGGCAUGUUAGUUGUGACACAGGGAUGGAAGAAAAACGUGUUAAUCAUGAAAUGAUGGAAAGUGUAUUGCCCUGUGGUGCUUGGCCAGCCUGGAACAAACAUGUAAGGACCUUCGGACUAGUCACUGUGUACAACAACACAAAAGAGCACAAGGUUACUAUUUAAUUCCAAACUGCUGCUAAUGUAUAUUUGGCUAAAAAAAUUAAAAGGGAAUACGCGGAAAUCAAAGUGUUUCCAUGUUUUGCUGCCUCUCGACACAUGAAAAUGAAUCUGAAUGCCAAAAAACAAACAUUUUGUUGUAUAAUUUAGUACUAGUAACACUAGUAGUGAGAUGAUUUUAAAAGUGAUUCUUUGUUUUGAUAAUGAAUUAAUUUUUCAGAAUUGUAUAUAUGUAGGAUGAUUUCACAGCAGUCAUCAGGUUCAUUUUAUGUCAAUGUGUUUUAAAACGAACCUGAGAUUUGCUUAAAGUUUACAACAUUCUUUGAUUUGCAGAAGGAACAUGCAAUGUUUAUGCUCUGUUGAUAUAUAGACAUUAAAUGUCUUCAAUUACAUCUGCAUAGCAUUUGGUGAAUUGAUGAAGAGGUUCUUAUCUGCUAGGUACAAGGUGAGCCAAACUUUGCAAGAAAAACGGUUUAAGCAAAUGCCCUUGCCAUGAUUCUGUUCUGUAUCAUUCUGUGUUACAAAACGGAUCCCAAAAUCAUGUAAUUCACAAAUGUUCAAAAGGAUGUAAAUAUAUAUCCCUCUCUUUUUUUUUUAGAGUCAAAUAAAGAUGAGCAUUC